AUACACAUCAACGGCUUAUUUUUCAAUUUCAGCACACGCGAAUCGCUGUUAGAACAAGUUCCAAACUUUUCUACAAAAAAUAUAAUCUUUAUUUUUUUUCACGCAAAGAAACGGAAUUUAAUAUGGAAGUUGAAAUCGAGAUGAGUGGUACGAGUCCUGUUGUUUUUCCUUUUUGGAUUUUAUCAUCAUCGAUUUUGCUAUUAUUCUUGUUCUUCUUAUUUUCUUCUUUUAAUUUUACGUUUUUUCUCGAUAAUUUUGUUAUCGAGGGGGCAAAGAAAAGGGAUCGUCGGGGGUUUGUUCGUUUGUUCGUUUUGUCUUUGCGAUAAGAAACCCUAGUUUUUUUGUUUUUCCAUUUGAUUGUUUUCUGGGUUGCGGCCGCUUCUGGGUUUCUUCUUCUCUGUUCGAUCUUUGAAAUCCUUGGUGGGUUUUCAAUGGAGAUCGGUUCUGAUGGAGUGGAUCAGAUCACGAGCGGCGGUAAUGGCAAGAAGAAGAUCGACAAUUCAAACGACGGUCUCUCCAAGCCCAAGCGUCAGAUGAAGACUCCGUUUCAGCUCGAAACCCUGGAGAAAGUUUAUGCAGUGGAACCGUACCCGUCUGAGGCUACGAGAGCAGAGAUGUCUGAGAAAUUAGGUUUGUCGGAUCGACAGCUUCAGAUGUGGUUCUGCCAUAGAAGGCUGAAGGACAAGAAGGAUGUUCCGUCCAAGAAACAGCGGAAACCGGCUGCCGUUCAACCACCGGUUAAUGAACUUCCUGUCAGAUCGGUUCCUGAGCCGGAAUCAGGAUCUGGUUCGGGUUACAGCCCUUAUUCGAAUUCUGGGAAGAAUUUCGCUAGUGGUAGUAGUAGUUCUCGAGCUGGGUCGGGAGAUUAUGGGCCAAUAGGAAGGAGAAACCAUGAGGCGAGGAUAUCUGUGGUGGAGCGUAGAGCUAUUGCCUGCGUUGAGGCGCAGUUAGGGGAGCCCUUGAGAGAAGAUGGACCGAUUCUUGGGAUGGAAUUUGAUCCAUUGCCCCCUGAUGCAUUCGGAACACCUAUAGAGAUGCAGAAGCGUUCGGUUCAUCCGUACGAGAGCAAAAUGUAUGAGCCUCAAGAUGCCAGAUCUUGCAGAUCUCAAGCUGCUUCCCAUUCUAUCCAUGAGCAACCAUCUAAGGAUGAUCCAUCGUCCUUUAUACCCGAGGUGUAUGGACGAUAUUCUGAAAUUCGCGCUCAUGGUAUGGAGUAUGAUAAUACACUGGCUAGAAGCUCAUCAUUUCUGCAAGGGAAUGGACAUUUACCCACGUCUCGUGGUAUCCAUGGAAACGUGGCUCGUAACCGUUCUACAUCUCGACAAACCGUGAGAAGCCCUUUUAUUUCAUCAGUUAUUGAUGAUGAGAAUGUCAUGCUAGAGAAAUACCCGUUUGAUCUGGAGAGAGAAGAUCCUUAUAGUGAUGUACAUAGGAAGGGAAAGGUUGAUGAAGUUAGACUUGCAAGGGAAAGUGAAGCCCGGGACAGUUGUGCACGAAAAGAGAUUCAGAGGAGAAAGAAUGAAGAACACAUGAGCAAAGAAAUAGAAAGACAUGAACGUGAGAGGCGUAAAGAAGAAGAGAGGUUGAUCCGUGAAAGACUAAGGGAGGAGGAAAGAUCACAGCGUGAACAGAAACGUGAGAUGGAAAGAAGAGCGAAGUUCUUACAGAAAGAACUUGAAAGGGUGGAGAAAAAGAGGCAAAAAGAAGAGCUUCGUCGGGAGAAAGAAUCCAUGAGACACAAGAUUGCCAUUGAGAAGGCCACUGCACGCAGAAUUGCUAAAGAAUCUAUGGAUCUAAUUGAGGAUGAGCAGCUAGAACUGAUGGAACUGGCUGCUGCUAGCAAUGGAUUGCCCUCGAUUUUACAGCUUGAUCAUGACACACUGGAAAACCUUGAAUUGUUUAGAGAUUCUUUGAGCUCAUUUCCACCGAAAUCUGUGCAACUGAAAAGGCCAUUUUCCAUUUCACCAUGGAAGGAUUCUGAAGAAAAUGUUGGGAACCUUCUCAUGGUUUGGAGAUUCCUAAUAGCUUUUGCUGAUGUUCUUGGACUAUGGCCUUUUACCCUGGGUGAGUUCAUUCAAGCUUUUCAUGACUAUGAUUCAAGAUUGCUGGGGGAGAUACAUGUCGCUCUUUUGAGUUCUAUAAUUCGGGAUAUCGAAGAUGUUGCUAGAACACCUUUUACUGGAUCAGGAAUUAUCCAAUAUACUGUCGCCAAUCCUGAAGGUGGACACCCACAGCUAGUGGAAGGGGCAUAUGCAUGGGGCUUUGAUAUUCAUAGUUGGCAAAAGCGUUUGAGUCCAUUAACAUGGCCUGAAAUAUUGCGGCAGUUGGCACUGUCUGCUGGAUUUGGGCCUUGGCUGAAGAAAAAAGGUUCCUGGUUGUCCUUCUUGGGAGACAAGGAUGAGGUUAAAGCUUGUGAAGAUAUAAUAUCUACUAUCCGCAGUGGUUCAGCUGCUGAAAAUGCUUUUGCAUUAAUGCGAGAAAAGGGAUUGCUCCUUCCACGAAAGUCAAGACAUCGGUUAACUCCUGGAACUGUCAAAUUUGCCGCCUUUCAUAUUCUCUCCCUUGAGGGAAGCAAGGGACUGACGGUAUUAGAACUUGCAGAAAAGAUUCAGGAAUCCGGACUCCGAGACUUGACGACAAGCAAGACACCAGAGGCUUCAAUCUCCGUUGCUUUGACUAGAGAUAUCAAACUUUUUGAAAGGAUAGCUCCUUCGACCUAUUGUGUACGAGCUCCUUAUAGGAAGGACCCUGUGGAUGCUGAGGCAAUUCUCAUCGAAGCUAGGAAGAAGAUAAGGGCUUUUGAAAAUGGAUCUACAGGUGUGGAAGAUGUUGAAAGAGAUGAAGGCUCUGAAGGUGUUGCUGAUGAGGAUCCUGAGGUUGAUGACAUAUCUGUUACUCCGGCAAAUGCUUCAAAAAAUGCUGAUGACUUGGGCGAAGAGAACGUUUUGUCUGCAAAUGGGAAAGACGAUAUGAUUUGUGGUGUUAAAGCGGAUAUAAAGAAUGGGAUUAAGAAGGAUUUGUCUUGUCUUCCUUCAAGCAGUGUUAAGAAUGAUGUUGUGCAAACCUGCUUGGAUAAUAAGAAUGUUGAGGUCGAAAUCAACCAGGCCCAUUCGUGGAUUCAAGGUCUUACAGAAGGGGAUUAUUGUCAUCUGAGUGUUGAGGAGCGACUGGAUGCCCUCGUUGCUUUAAUUGGCAUUGCCAAUGAAGGGAAUUCAAUCCGAGCUGUUCUUGAGGAGCGUAUGGAAGCAGCAAAUUCUCUUAAAAAGCAAAUGUGGGCAGAAGCACAAUUGGAUAAGAACUGCAUGAGAGACAUAAUGAAGCUCGAUUUUGAGUACAGCAAAACUGAACCAAGGAUGCCUCAGCACAUUAUCCAAAUUCCUGCUAAUGAGAGGAAUAAUAUCAACAUAGAGCCUACCCAGUCUACAGAUGAACAGAAGCCUCUGGAAAUGGUUUCAAAUGAUCGAACCUUCGUUACUCAGAACACUGAUAUGGGUCAUGACAAUUUUGCUUCUCAACAUGGAUAUGCGUCAAAGAGAUCACGUUCACAAUUGAAAUCAUACAUUGGCCAGAGAUCAGAAGAGAUAUAUGUUUACAGGUCUUUGCCACUUGGACAGGAUAGACGGCAUAAUCGUUAUUGGCAGUUUGCUGCAUCAUCUUCUAGAAAUGAUCCUUGUUCCGGGCUUAUAUUUGUUGAGCUACAUGACGGGAAGUGGCGGCUCAUUGAUACAGAAGAGGCGUUUGAAGCUCUUGUUACAUCGCUGGAUAUGCGUGGGAUUAGAGAAUCCCAUUUACGCAUAAUGUUGCUGAAGAUAGAGGGAUCAUUCAAAGAGAAUGUUCAUUACAAUUUUCAGCUUGCUAGAAAUCACUGCUUGAAGGAAAAGGGUGUCGAGAAUGAAGCGGCUGAAAUGAAUUCCAGUCCCGAUUCCUCUGCUGAUUUCGACAGUCCUUCCAGUGCACUACUAUGUGGGUCAAACUCUGAUUCAGUGGAAACUUCAAAUUCUUUCAGAGUUGAGCUCGGGAGAAAUGAUACUGAAAAGAAGAAUUUACUGCAACGGUACCAAGAUUUUCAGGGGUGGAUGUGGUCAGAAUCUUUUAAAUCACUACUUCCUUUCGCUAGGAAACACGGAAAGAAGAGAUGUGAUCAACUGUUAGAACAUGGUGCAGAGAGAAUGCUAUGGGAUUCCACUGGUACAGGUUUGGUGGAAUCUCCUCUUCCUGUUGGGGUUAGUUUGCUCAAGGCUCUACUUGUUUUUCUCGAGGCAUCUAUUCCAGAUGAGGCUCUUGAAUCAUUCUGGACAGAGGAGGAAAGGGAGAAGUGGGUACUUGAGCUAAAUGCUUCAUCAUCUCCUGAGGAUCUCAUCCAGGUGGUGACUCUCUUGGAGAAUGCAAUCAAGGAGGAGUAUUUGUCAUCUGAUAUUGUGACGGCAAAAGAGCUCUUGGGAGCUGCUUCUGGUGAUCAAGGAUCGGUCUCUGUUCUUCCAUGGAUUCCUCAGACAGUAUCAGCUGUUGCUUUGAGAAUAUCAGAGCUUGACGCUUCCAUCCAAUACAUAAAGCAUGAGAAACCCGACAUAACCCUGGCAGAUGAAGACGAGGAGAUUAGGCUUCCUUCUGGAAACUCCCCUUUCAAGAGCAAAACGAUCAAAUUUCUAGAUGAUCGAGAUGAAGCGAUGAGGGAAGAGGUUUUCAUGGGCAAACGAAACAGCAAACGUGGACGAGCGAACUGUGAUCCUGGAUCAAGCAGAAAGGUGAAGAGAAAGAAAAGACGGGUCGGACCCAACAGAUCCACCAUUGUUGGGAGAAAUGCUGAAUCGAUGCCCCUUCGGUUGGCCCAAGAGGGUGCGGAAAUAAACAGCCACCAGACAGGUGGACGAGGAAGAAGAACAGUUAGAAGACGACCAGAGAGAAGAAUCAUCGAUGACAGAGUAGCCGACAUUGUUAUGCCUCGAAACGAGGAAGAAGAAGAAGAAGAAGAAGCAACACAGAGAGAAAUGGAGGAGGAAUGGGUGAUUAAAGAAGACGAAAACGCUCAUCAUCCCGUCGACUACAGUCGGAGAGAUUGGGGAUCGGAUGGGAACAGUAACCCUAAUGAAGCAAGCGUCGAAGAAAAAGAACGAGAUGAAGAGUAUGAAGGGAUUGGACCGUCAGCCAUGGCUCUAGAAGAAGAAGAAGAAGAAGCAGAGACGAGCGAAAGCUCUGAUGAAAAUGGCGUACCGAACAAGACAUGGGAGGAAUUCGGCAUAGAAUCAGAGGAUUACAGCAGUGAUUCAUGAAUCUGAUGGAGAUGGCCACAGGCUUGGAUCAGGUAUGAAUAUCAUAUAGGGAAAAA